AGAAUAAUUUAAAUGCAAAUAUUUUGGAGAAACUAUUCUUCAAUUUUACAGAAGUAAUGUUUAAUCUUGACCUCUUUAAACUGAAAAGACAUGUUGGCGGUCAAAUACUUCUGGGUCCUUGACAAAUUUAAUUACUAAAGAUUUUUUUUCCAAUCAGGAAUUAUUUUUUACAAGACUAUAUAAUAUUAAAGUGAUAAAUAAUAAACAAGAACAGUUUGUUUUUAUUGCUAUUUAGAUUGGAAAAGUCUUUGAGUAAUUAUUACGACAGACAUGGAUAAAAAGUAAAGUUAAUUGACCUAAGAUUAGUAUUUUACGGCUGAAUAUUUUUAUAAUUACAUAUAGAUUUACUCGUUAGUUGAUAUUCAAGGAUAUCUUAAACAUUUACUCUUAUCUUCUAUGUUAGUAGUCGUAAGUCAUAACACAGCUUAUAACUGAGCAAUAAAUUAUUUCAUGAUGGCAACAAAAUUGUGGAAAGCCUUUUCUCGGAAAAGAAUAGAUGAUGAUAUGGAAGGAAAAGGAGAAUUAGCACGAGUGUUAGGUCUCUUUGAUUUGACAGCAUUAGGAGUCGGCGCGACAUUGGGGUUAGGAGUCUACGUUCUAGCAGGGAGUGUAGCGAAGGACACUGCGGGACCAGCUGUCUGUAUUUCAUUUCUUAUUGCUGCAGUCGCAUCAGCCCUUGCAGGCUUAUGUUAUGCUGAGUUUGCUUCGCGAGUACCUAAAGCAGGAUCGGCUUAUGUCUACAGCUAUGUUACAGUUGGAGAAUUUAUUGCUUUUGUUAUUGGCUGGAAUUUAAUUCUUGAAUACGUGAUUGGUACAGCAAGUGUUGCUCGAGGUUUGAGUAAUUACGUUGAUUCUCUAAUUGACAAUAAAAUGCGGAAUUAUUUUCAUUCAAUUAUGCCAAUAGAAGUGUCAUUUCUUUCGGACUAUCCGGAUUUCUUCGCCUUCGGAGUGGUUAUGUUGCUCAUUGUUCUUCUGUGUGUUGGAGUUCAAGAAUCUUCGUACCUCAAUAUGGGAUUUACAGUUAUUAACUUGACGACUAUUUUAAUUGUCAUAGUUGCUGGAUCUAUUAAAGCUGAUCCAGCAAAUUGGAGCAUUGACCCGUCAACAAUUCCUCCAGAAAUCAAGAAUCCUGGAACAGGUGGAUUCAUGCCUUUUGGAAUAAGUGGAGUAAUGAUUGGAGCAGCCAAGUGUUUUUACGGAUUUGUUGGUUUUGAUGCUGUUGCUGCAACGGGCGAAGAAGCCAAAAAUCCACAAAAAACAAUUCCACUUGCAAUAGUGAUCUCUCUUGCUGUUAUUUUUGCAGCGUAUUUCUCCAUUUCUACUGUUCUGACGAUGAUGUGGCCCUACUACUUACAAGAUCCAGAAGCUCCAUUUCCUUACGCAUUCCAACAAAUUGGUUGGCCAGCAAUUAUGUGGAUUGUUAACGUCGGCGCUGUUUUUGCUCUUUGCACUAGUCUUCUUGGAGCAAUGUUUCCACUUCCGAGAAUUCUUUACGCGAUGGGAAGCGAUGGAGUAAUUUUUAAAUUUCUUGCUAAAGUACAUCGGAAAACUCACACACCAAUAUUAGGAACUCUAGCAUCUGGCUUAUUAAUCGGUUUGAUGACUCUUAUGUUCAAUCUUGAACAACUAAUCGACAUGAUGUCAAUUGGUACUCUUUUGGCGUACACAAUUGUCGCUAUCUCCGUCCUUAUUCUCAGGUACCAAAAGACAACUCAUACCGUAAAAUUACCUUCAAAUACAAUCCUAGAAAACAAUUUAUCAUAUUUAGAUUGUUUUAAAUUAAUUUUUAAUAUUCACAACCAAAAAGUUGCCACUAAAUUUUCAAGCAGAGUUGCAGGCUGGGCCGUUCUUCUCUUUUCAUGUGCAGUAUUUAUCUUUUGCCUCAUCCUUGCUCACACCACCUUCAACAGUGACCCGUUGGACAUAUUUAUUUACAUAAUUUUAACUAUAAUUGGUCUAGUAAUAAUCUUCACAGUAAUAGCUAUAAGCAGACAACCAGUAGAUCCUGUUUCAAUAGCCUUCAAAGUUCCCUUUGUACCGAUUGUACCGUGUUGCAGUAUAAUUAUUAAUCUUUGUCUUAUGCUGCAAUUAGAUGUCUUCACUUGGAUACGAUUCGUCGUGUGGAUGAUUAUAGGAUUUUGUAUUUAUUUCUUCUACGGUAUUCGACAUAGCUUACAAGGUCAACGAGAUAGAUUGUUAACUAAUCCACCUCCUCAUGCAUAUACGAAUCCUGUAAAAUUAGUAACUAAAUUUUAAGAAAAAAAUCAUCAAUUUUUUAUUUAUUUUAUUUUUAAAUUUAAACUUAAAAAUU